UCGCGGUGAGCUCCGAAGUCGAAGAGGACAGGACUCGGGAGUGCACGCAUGGGCUGCUGACUCAGUGUUGAGUGGUGUGUAGAUUCUACAUGUAGCCUCGGCGAGACUGAUCGACAGGCCGGAUAGGCAGCCUAGCAGCUUGACCCGGUAGAGUCGGCAAGCAGUAGAUCUACCCAGCCGUGGGUCGACGCUUUAGAAUUUUUUUAUUUGGCACUACACGGUCGUUGCUAUGCAUGGUGUAGCUCCGUCGAACUCUGUUCGUUGUCCACCCUGAGUUUAAGACCUGUGUUAGCGAGCGUGUGUACCGGAGUUCGACACGGAGAGGCGGACUGAGAGCCGCCAAGCAACACGAUGUCGAGAAGGCCCGGACAAGGAGGGGGAGUCACUCGCUCCCUGCAGCUGGGUCAGCGAAGUGAAGCUCCACGUGACGGCGACUCCGACACGGACGACGGAUUCGACUUCCUCGACGACACCAUACCGACUGGAAACGUCCCUGGCGGUGACGGCGGAAACAGGCGAGAUGAUCCGACACCCGCACUGCCGCCUCAAUCCAGUGCCCUCCUGGUACGGCGGCAAAAGCAACCGACGAGGCAAACGCAUGUUAACAUCCCGGAAUUUCAAGUGAGCUUGCCGAAUAGGGGCGACAAGGCGUUCAGCAACAAGCAGAAGUUUCAGACCUUGCCGGCUGGCUUAUCUCGUCCGUCUGCUUGGGAUCGCGAGUCCAGCGACUCUGAAGACGCCACUGGCAAUGCAUCGGACCCGCAAGCUCUCUCCGGUCGGCCUGGUGGGGGUACGGAAGAAACUGAUGGUGGUGGAUCUGUGGAGAGCCCCGGCAGGGCAGCCUCGCCACGGACAUGGAGGCGACGGGGACUGCGAAGUCCCAUGCGCUCCCAGGCCACUGUUACCGGGGCUACCAGUCCAACAGUGCAGCGCAAACGACCACCGUCUGCCAGCAGUCAUCUUGGCGCGACGACCUAACUGGAAGUGGUUUUGAUCACGGCAGCCAGACAUCAAUACAAUUACAACACGCUAGGCUGGGAGAGGCAUCGGACACGGAGGUGGACAAUGCCCAUCCGUCUUUCUCCGUGUCCACCACGGAAUCCAUGUAUGCUCACGUUCCGUUGAGUGAGCUGGUUAAAGACCUGCCACAUAUCAAGAAGGAAAUGGUUUGUGUCCUGUAUCGCGAGACCUUGACAACGAUAAUGUCACGGCUGGGAGCUGACGAGCGUCCCGAGGUUAGCGUUCGGUCGCUAGUCCAUUACGCUGAUCAGCUGUUCAACAUACCACCUGCGGUAUCCAAGUCCUGGGUGGCCGACAUCAACUCGACGGCGUGCAAGGCAUCACAGUUGAUUGUGGACGUGAUCGAGGCGAAAGGUCUGGCAGCUAUGGAUGCCAAUGGCUUCAGUGACCCAUACGUAUUAUUGUCAAUCGAACAGCCGCAGUCAACCAAGACGGACGUGGCUAACAUCAUCAAGGCAGUCCACCUGUGAUCAGGAUGACUCGACUUAUGGCUUCUCUGUACCAUCCAUGCCAUCAAUACAGAGUGAGAUGGCUAUUACAAGUGUGGUCAAGAUGACGCUGAAUCCGAAAUGGAACGAGUCACACACACUCAAAAUUCAUGAUCCAGCGACCGAUAACCUCCAGAUCUUCAUCAUG